GCGUGUGAAUGUAAUAAAUUAUUCAUUCCACUUUCAUUUCAUGUUUCAUGUUUUCAUAACACACAUCAUUUCUCGAAUUCUCUACUGUACGUCAAAAGAAAUCCACCUUGACGAGUGUUCAGAGAGAGAGGGAGAAAGAGAGAGAGAGAGAGAGAGGGCGAAAGAGAGAGCACCCUUUGGAGCUCCACACUGGGACAAGACUCACACAGUGGAGCAGAUGGACGAGACACAGCAACAGGAAGUGAGGUCACCUGACAUUUUUUACAUAAAAUGGAACAGCGAGAUAAGCUACUACACGGAUGUCAUGAACGAGCAUUCAGGAGAUCUUAGUAGCGCGUGGAUGCCCUUUGUUUUCAGUUCAUGUUCGAGUGACUCGGCUGCCGGUCAGAGGACCGUCUCAGAGGACAAGGACUUCCAGGAUGCGCCACACAAGCAGCAGAUGAAACCAGAUGACAAUUGCUUGUUGGCAGAGCUGGUUCGUAUCGAGCAGGACCUCAGGGAGAAGGCGCGAAUCGAGGAGGAGAGGCGACGGGAAGAAGAGCGCGUACGGCAGAAAGAAAACCGCAAGCGCUGGAGAAGCCUGUGCUUCCUCGUCCUCAACCAGCGCACUGCGAAGCCGUGGGUGACGAGCUACUAUACAAACAUACCUAUGCACAUCUACUGCUUGCCGAUUGAAUCAGCAAACCAGCAGCCGUGGAAAAGAAAGAAGAAGAAGAAGAAAGAAUGCAAUUAGGGAAGGGAUUUUGGGGCUGUGAUGUAUAAGGUUUUGGACUAUCACGAUCUUCCACAAGUUUUAAUCUAGCUUCUGGAACUGUAUAUAUUUUGGAGAUAUUGAUGUUGAUGCGCUUCUGUAUUACUUAAAGGUUUUUAUAGGAUUGGCUUCUACAUCAAAAGAACAUACGAGGAACGUCAUACUCGGGAUCGUGCUUCUCACGGUGCCACCACAAAGGCAAUCAGGGUUUCACUGGGAAUGUGGAUUUGGUUUUUAUGUAUAAUAAUUAAAAAGUUCUUUAUUAUUUCUUCUAGUUUUCCUAUACUUUUUACACGGCCCCUAAAUAAACUCUUUAGCCGAAUGUGUCAUGUAUUUUUUCAAAUCGUUUUUUUAUUGCCUUUGGGUUUUCCCUCUGGUCACCUUUAUGAGAGAGCUGAUAUUAAAGGAUAUGAAGUGCUAAGGGUGCAUGUCAUUCUGAUGGAAUUCCUCCACAGCCAUAGGUUUAUCCUAUAGAUUUUAGUUGAGGCAAUAAUGAUGGUAAGAUUCAGAUAACUUGUUAUUUAUAUAGAAUUACAUAUCACGACACUCCUGAGAGUCCCAUAGAAUACAGAUUAACAUGGCAGAGGUAAAGCUGCAUCUUCCUAAAAAAGGUUCAGAAAAAGAUGGUUUUAUUCCAUCGUGUUUUUUUCUUUUUAUUGUACUACAAAGACCUGUUUGUGAAAGGGCCAAGCGUUAGAAGUCAAAAGGCCCGUAAUUAAAAAGUGAUGAUUUGCCCUGUGUCUGAACUGAAGAAAUAAAAGCAAACUGUCUGCGCCAUAUUGAAUUGCAUAGCAUCGUAUUUUUUCCAUCACAGACAGGAAUCCAGAGAGAAUGACUGAAGCAAGAAAAACAAUAAUCACAGUUCAACAUGUCUCCUUUCCCUGGAGCCACAGCUGCAUCGCCCCACGUACAUCAUCUCUAGCAGAAGCAACCUUAAAAGAUGACCCCGGGGUUUUCAGGUGUAUUUUUGGCGUGUGUUACGGUUUUCCUGGGGAUUUGAAAUGGUGUGCAAAAGUAUAAAAGGUUGAUGAAAAAGUUUACAACUGUUUUGAACUGUUUUGGCCGACCUUUCCUAAGAUGUCCGACUUCUCUUGAGAAAUCCGUCUGGUAAAUGAGCGAAAUCAGUUUCCUUUACUCAGUCGGUUGUUGUGGAAUGAAAAUUCAGCGAUUAAAUGUACACAAAUAUAUUAGAGUUUGUGCAGUUUGCUACAGAUGUGGGUUGUGAGCUCCGACUAGCGCGCUCUCUGACUGUUCAAUCAAAGUGAAAAUGCUGAUGUGAUUGGACGCCUUCUAGGGGGCCUUAAAGUGGACAAAUCGCAGUCUGAUUGGACAGCAUCAUGGAUUUGAAGCUAAGUGCCUACACUGUUUCUGCUGUUCUUAUGUGAUGUAAGAGCUGAUAUUUGAUUGGAUAGAACGUAAAAUUACUCUCGGUGGCACAGUGGAAAGAAACGCUACAAAAUGAAGAGAAAAGACAAUUGGGAAUAAUUGAAUACAUAUUCAUGGCCAAAAUUAUAUUGAAAGGUAAGUCAGUGAUUUAGAUUUUAGGCCAGUAGGGAAAGUCUUGCUGGCCCUGACGGCCCGUCAAUGUUAAAUGAAAAUAAGGUGUCACCCAGAUAAGAAUGGG